AUGAGUGAUGAAAGUCUUGAACUCGAAUUGAUUGGCUGCUUGCAGGAAAACAGGUAUCUCAUAGUCAUGGAUGACGUUUGGGAUGUUAAAGCCUGGAAAUACCUGAAAGAUUUAUUACCAGAUGACGCCAAUGGAAGCAGAAUUCUAUUAACAUGUCGUCUUUUUGAUGUGGCCUGGGCAAUUAAACGACAUAGUGAUCCUCAUCCUCUUCGUCUAUUAUCCGACGAGGAAAGUUGGAUGUUAUUAGAAAAGAAGGUAUUCAAUGACAACAAUUGCCCCCAGGAACUUGUGGAAACGGGAAAGGAAAUUGCUCGGCAAUGUAAAGGAUUUCCUAUUGCAAUUGUUGCAUUAGCUGGUUUACUAAGAAUGACAGAACUGAGCCGAGAUUCUUGGACAAAUGUAGCUGAAGCCUUAGUCUCACAGAUAAUAGAUGACCCACAAACUAGGGCCUACAAUGUCUUAGAGCUUAGCUACAAUCACUUGCCGGAGAAUCUAAAACCAUGCUUUCUCUAUUUGGGAGUUCUUCAAGAAGACAAAGAUAUUCUUGUUAGCAAAUUAAUACGGUUUUGGCUCGCAGAAGGGUUGAUACCAAAAACUGAGGCAAAGAGCUUGGAAGACGUCGCAGAGGAAUUCUUGAUGGAGUUGAUUAACAGAGGGUUAUGGUUUUGA